AUGAAUGCGCAGCUGACCAUGGAGGCGAUCGGCGAGCUGCACGGGGUGAGCCAUGAGCCAGUGCCCGCCCCUGCCGACCUGCUGGGUGGCAGUCCCCACGCGCGAAGCUCCGUGGCGCACCGCGGUAGCCACCUGCCCCCCGCGCACCCGCGCUCCAUGGGCAUGGCGUCCCUGCUGGACGGCGGCGGCGGCGGCGGCGGCAGCGAUUACCACCACCACCACCGGGCCCCUGAGCACAGCCUGGCCGGCCCCCUGCACCCCACGAUGACCAUGGCCUGCGAGACUCCCCCAGGUAUGAGCAUGCCCACCACCUACACCACCCUAACCCCUCUGCAGCCGCUGCCGCCCAUCUCCACCGUCUCGGACAAGUUUCCCCACCAUCACCACCACCACCACCACCAUCACCACCACCACCCGCACCACCACCAGCGCCUGGCGGGCAACGUGAGCGGUAGCUUCACGCUCAUGCGGGACGAGCGAGGGCUGGCCUCCAUGAAUAACCUCUAUACCCCCUACCACAAGGACGUGGCCGGCAUGGGCCAGAGCCUCUCGCCCCUCUCUGGUUCCGGUCUGGGCAGCAUCCACAACUCCCAGCAAGGGCUCCCCCACUAUGCUCACCCUGGCGCCGCCAUGCCCACCGACAAGAUGCUCACCCCCAACGGCUUCGAAGCCCACCACCCGGCCAUGCUCGGCCGUCACGGGGAGCAGCACCUCACGCCCACCUCGGCCGGCAUGGUCCCCAUCAACGGCCUCCCUCCGCACCACCCCCACGCCCACCUGAACGCCCAGGGCCACGGGCAGCUCCUGGGCACAGCUCGGGAGCCCAACCCUUCCGUGACCGGUGCGCAGGUCAGCAAUGGAAGUAAUUCAGGACAAAUGGAAGAGAUCAAUACCAAAGAGGUGGCACAGCGUAUCACCACCGAGCUCAAGCGCUACAGCAUCCCACAGGCCAUCUUCGCUCAGAGGGUGCUCUGCCGCUCCCAGGGGACCCUCUCGGACCUGCUGCGCAACCCCAAACCUUGGAGCAAACUCAAGUCUGGCCGGGAGACAUUCCGGAGGAUGUGGAAGUGGCUGCAGGAGCCGGAGUUCCAACGCAUGUCUGCGCUCCGCUUAGCAGCGUGCAAAAGAAAAGAGCAAGAGCACGGGAAGGAUAGAGGCAACACCCCCAAAAAGCCCAGGCUGGUCUUCACAGACGUCCAGCGUCGAACUCUACAUGCAAUAUUCAAGGAAAACAAGCGUCCAUCCAAAGAAUUGCAGAUCACCAUUUCCCAGCAGCUGGGGUUGGAGCUGAGCACCGUCAGCAACUUCUUCAUGAACGCGCGGAGGAGGAGCCUGGACAAAUGGCAGGACGAGGGCAGCUCCAAUUCAGGCAACUCAUCUUCAUCAAGCACUUGUACCAAAGCAUGA